GCUGGGAAAGAUGGCGGCGGCGGCGGCGAUGGGCAACGCGGAGCCUUGCGGGACUCGGCCUUGCGGAGCCCAGCCCGGUGGGCUGCCCAAAGCCGGGCCACAGCCGCGCGCGCUCCUGGCCGCCGGCCCGGCGCUUGUGGAGCGUGGUGACGAGCUGGUGGCCGCUGUAUGGCCGUACCGGCGGCUGGCGCUGCCGCGGCGCCUCACCGUGCUGCCGUUCGCAGGACUGCUGUACCCAGGCUGGCUCUGCGCCGCGGCCGCCGGCUGCUGGGGCUGGGGCAGCAGCUGGGCGCAGGUCCCCGAGGCCGCGCUGCUCGUGCUCGCCACCAUCUGCCUCGCGCACGCGCUCACUGUCCUCUCUGGGCAUUGGUCCGUGCACGCGCACUGCGCGCUCACCUGCACCCCGGAGUAUGACCCCAGCAAAGCAACCUUCGUGAAGGUGGUGCCAACCCCCAACAAUGGCUCCACUGAACUCGUCGCUUUGCACCGCGAUGAGGGAGAAGACGGGCAGGAGGUGCUAUCCUUUGAAUUCCAGAAAAUCAAGUAUUCCUAUGAUGCCCUGGAAAAGAAGCGAUUCCUUCCCGUGGCCUUUCCUGUGGGAAACACUUUCUCCUAUUACCAGAGCAACAGAGGGUUCCAGGAAGACUCAGAGAUCCGUGCAGCAGAGAAAAAGUUUGGGAGUAACAAGGCUGAGAUGGUGGUACCUGACUUCUCAGAACUGUUCAAGGAGAGAGCCACGGCACCCUUCUUUGUGUUCCAGGUGUUCUGUGUGGGGCUCUGGUGUCUGGAUGAGUACUGGUACUACAGUGUCUUCACACUCUCCAUGCUGGUGGCAUUCGAGGCCUCCUUGGUACAGCAGCAGAUGCGGAAUAUGUCAGAGAUCCGGAAGAUGGGCAACAAACCCCACAUGAUACAGGUCUACCGAAGCCGAAAGUGGAGACCCAUCGCCAGCGAUGAGAUUGUUCCUGGGGACAUCGUUUCCAUUGGCCGCUCCCCACAGGAGAAUCUGGUACCAUGCGAUGUGCUGCUGCUGCGGGGCCGCUGCAUUGUGGACGAGGCCAUGCUCACCGGGGAGUCUGUACCACAAAUGAAGGAGCCCAUUGAAGAGCUUAACCCAGACCGGGUGCUGGACCUCCAGACUGACUCCCGGCUCCACGUCAUCUUUGGGGGUACCAAGGUGGUGCAGCACAUCCCUCCCCAGAAAGCCACCGCAGGCCUGAAGCCGGUUGACAACGGGUGUGUAGCCUACGUCCUGAGGACCGGAUUCAACACAUCACAGGGCAAGCUGCUUCGCACAAUUCUCUUCGGGGUCAAGAGAGUGACUGCCAACAACCUGGAGACCUUCAUCUUCAUUCUCUUCCUCCUGGUUUUUGCCAUCGCAGCGGCAGCCUAUGUGUGGAUUGAGGGCACCAAGGACCCCAGCCGAAACCGCUACAAACUUUUCCUGGAGUGUACACUGAUCCUCACCUCUGUCGUGCCCCCCGAGCUGCCCAUUGAACUGUCUCUGGCCGUCAACACCUCCCUCAUCGCCCUGGCCAAGCUUUACAUGUACUGCACGGAGCCCUUCCGGAUCCCUUUUGCUGGCAAGGUGGAGGUGUGCUGCUUUGACAAAACAGGGACCUUGACCAGUGAUAGUCUGGUGGUACGCGGUGUCGCAGGGCUCAGAGAUGGAAAAGAGGUGACCCCCGUGUCCAACAUCCCUGUAGAAACACAUCGGGCCCUGGCCUCCUGCCACUCACUCAUGCAGCUAGAGGAUGGCACCCUGGUGGGUGACCCCCUCGAGAAAGCCAUGCUGACAGCUGUGGACUGGACACUCACCAAAGAUGAGAAAGUAUUCCCCCGAAGUAUAAAAACUCAGGGGCUGAAAAUUCACCAGCGCUUUCAUUUUGCCAGUGCCCUAAAGCGAAUGUCCGUGCUCGCCUCCUAUGAGAAGCUGGGCUCCACCGACCUCUGCUACAUCGCAGCCGUGAAAGGGGCCCCUGAAACCUUGCACUCCAUGUUCUCCCAGUGCCCUCCUGACUACCACCACAUCCACACGGAGAUUUCCCGGGAAGGAGCCCGUGUCUUGGCACUGGGGUACAAAGAGCUGGGGCACCUCACCCACCAACAGGCCCGAGAGCUCAAGCGGGAAGCCCUGGAGUGCAACCUCAAAUUUGUUGGCUUCAUUGUGGUCUCUUGCCCACUCAAGGCUGACUCCAAGGCUGUAAUCCGGGAGAUCCAGAAUGCCUCUCACCGGGUGGUCAUGAUCACAGGUGACAACCCACUCACUGCCUGCCACGUGGCCCAGGAACUGCACUUCAUUGAAAAGGCACACACGUUGAUCCUGCAGCCUCCCAUGGAGAAAGGUGGACACUGCGAGUGGCGCUCUAUCGACGGCAGCAUUGUGCUGCCCCUGGCCCAGAGCUCCCCAAAAGCAUUGGCUCUGGAGCAUGCACUGUGCAUCACAGGUGAUGGCCUAGCCCACCUGCAGGUCGAGGACCCCCAACAGCUGCUUUGCCUCAUCCCCCAUGUGCAGGUGUUUGCCCGAGUGGCCCCCAAACAGAAGGAGUUUGUCAUUACCAGCCUGAAGGAGCUGGGCUACGUGACCCUCAUGUGUGGGGAUGGCACCAAUGAUGUGGGUGCCCUGAAGCACGCUGACGUGGGUGUGGCACUCCUGGCCAAUGCCCCCGAACGGAUUGUCGAGCGGCGAAGGCGGCCCCGGGACAGCCCUGUCCUGAGCAACAGCAGCGUCAGGGUCACCCCCAGGACUGCCAAGCAGAGGUCGGGACUCCCGCCCCCUGAGGAGCAGCCAGCCUCCCAGCGGGACCGGCUGAGCCAGGUGCUGCGGGAUCUUGAGGAUGAGAGCACACCCAUUGUGAAGCUGGGAGAUGCCAGCAUCGCUGCACCCUUCACCUCCAAACUCUCCUCCAUCCAGUGCAUCUGCCAUGUGAUCAAGCAGGGACGCUGCACCCUAGUGACCACGCUGCAGAUGUUCAAGAUCCUAGCACUCAACGCCCUCAUCCUGGCCUAUAGCCAGAGCGUCCUCUACCUGGAGGGCGUCAAGUUCAGUGACUUUCAGGCCACACUGCAGGGGCUGCUGCUGGCUGGCUGCUUCCUCUUCAUCUCCCGUUCCAAGCCCCUCAAGACCCUCUCCCGAGAGCGACCCCUGCCCAACAUCUUCAACCUAUACACCAUCCUCACGGUUGCACUCCAGUUCUGCGUGCACUUCCUGAGCCUCGUCUACCUGUACAGUGAGGCUCAGGCCCGGAGCCCUGAGAAACAGGAGCAGUUUGUGGACCUGUACAAGGAGUUUGAGCCAAGCCUGGUCAACAGUACUGUGUACAUCAUGGCCAUGGCCAUGCAGAUGGCCACCUUUGCCAUCAACUAUAAGGGCCCACCCUUCAUGGAGAGUCUGCCUGAGAACAAGCCCCUGGUGUGGAGUCUGAUUGUGUCACUUCUGGCCAUCAUUGGUCUGCUCCUUGGCUCCUCGCCUGACUUCAACAGCCAGUUUGGCCUUGUGGACAUCCCUGUGGAGUUCAAGCUGGUCAUUGCCCAAGUCUUGCUCCUCGACUUCUGCCUGGCGUUCCUGGCUGACCGUGUCCUGCAGUUCUUCCUGGGGACCCCAAAGCUGAAAGUGCCUUCCUGAGAUGGCGAUGCUGGCAACCAUUGCCCACCCUGCUAUCACUGGGCGGGAGCUGCUCAAGGACCCCAGGAGGGAACACUGCCCCUACUGCAAGGCCCGCGCGGCCUUGCCCACCAAGACUGUACUGGGACCCCCUGGCUAUCCACGGGCCUGGCUGGCAGAACCCGCCCCGGGCCAGCGCCUUUGGUAAAUAAAGCAGCAUCCACGAUUUUAA